CCUCCCUGGGAGCGUGGUGCCAGACAGCUGCUGUCACCAGGCACCUAACAAGAAGGAAAAAGGCUUCAUACGCCCCACCUCACCAAGGUCAGACUACAUCUGUGUCCCAGCAGCACCUUGUCCAUGCCCCCGGGCCCUAAGCUGCCAGUCCCGCCGGCUCCCAUGUCCAGAAUGGCCUGCACCGAGGUCCCACAGCAGCCAGCCCCACAUCAGCCCCAGCCCAUCUCCGCGGGAGCCACCACCACCGACACCAAGGGCCCUGCUGGGAGUCACUGCGGCUUCUCGGAGCACGACCUGGAGUGCCUGGUGUGCCGGGAGCCCUACAGCUCUGCCCGACCGCCCAAGCUGCUGGGUUGCCAGCACUGCUUCUGCGCUGUCUGCCUGAAGCUCCUGCUGUGCGUGCAGGACAACACCUGGUUCAUCCACUGCCCUGUGUGCCGCAAGGCCACCACGGUCCCCGGGGGCCUCAUCUGCAGCCUGCGUGACCAGGAGGCCGUGGUGGGGCAGCUAGCCCGGCCGUGCCCAGAGAUGCGGCUCUGUCCUCAGGAGCUGGAGAAUCCUGUCACCUUGACGGCAGGGCACCCCAGCUUGGCGGGAGAGGAUGGGCAGGACGUGGUGAGUGUCAACCGCAUGGCAGCGCGGCGCCUGGUGGCACACGUGCUCCUCCUGGCCUUGCUCAUCGUCCUCAUCCUGCCCUUCGUCUACCCCGGCGUCAUGCAGUGGGCACUCACCUUCAUCAUCGCCCUGGCCCUGCUGAUGUCCACCCUCUUCUGCUGUCACCCCAGCAGCCAGGGCAGCUGCCGGCCGGCCCCCAGGACUCUCUUCAGCAGCGAGCAGAAGCACAGCGAGAUUUCUUCCAUUGCCUGACCACGCGCCCACAUCACCGUCUGCCUCUGUGUCCCACAGUGGACAGGGUAAGGAUCUGUGAAGUAAGACUGGCUCCCGCAGGAGAAGAAAUGCCAGUCAGACCUGCAAGCUAAAGCCAGAAUGGCUGUCUUGGGUCUAGAACUACGUGCUCGGGCGAUAGACUUAUGCCUGCCCCAGGGACGGCACAGCUGCACCGUUUGGGGUGGCGAGGAGGCACAGCGGACUUGCAUGCUGCCAGGGAGGACCCCCUGUUCCUCUCCUUCCGAAGCUCCGGGUUGUCCGCUCAAUGCCUUGGUGAAAGUAUUGCAAUAGUAAUGUUACUGAAAAGUAAAUAGAGCCAGAAACUCCUCUUUGUUUAUUUCCAA